GCUGCACGGCGGCGGCGCGGCGGGGAGCUGAGUGGGAGUCGGCGGCGGCCGCCGCGGCGGCGACGACGACAGUCCCAGCGUGGCUUCCUCCUCAAGUUCCUACUGAAAGAGCAGAUCACUGAGAGCAGGUCAACAAAAGCAGUCACGCAGUUGCCUCGAGCGGUCAUGCAUAAAUAUGAGUAGACCUCCUUCUGUUCAAGCCGCUUGAGGCACACUCCUCAAUAAGAGAAAUGAAGGUGUCUCACCGUUCCCAAGAGCCCAGAUGAGUGUUUACCAUGCCUCUGGGAACGUUCUUCUUUCCUGUUCUCUGUUUCUUGGGAGCAGCAAUUCCACGGGGACUGCAAUAUGUCACAUUCUCACGCAAUGCUACGAAAUUCCUCCACCUGUCUAUGGACUUGGAAUCUGGAACCAUUUACUUGGGGGCCACCAACUUUCUCUUUCAGCUGACAUCAGACCUUCUAAUGAAGAAUGUGGUCCAGACUGGGCCAGUUCUGGACAGUAAAGAUUGCCUGCCCCCAGUCUCAAAGCUGGAGUGCCCUCAGGCACACCACACAGACAAUCACAACAAGCUGCUGCUAGUGAACACUGUGCAGAAGGAGCUUAUCGUGUGUGGCAGUGUGCACCAGGGCAUCUGUGAGAAAAGGAGCCUCACAUCCAUCGACCACGUUCUCUUCCGACCAGAGAGCCCUGGUGACACUCAGUACGUGGCUGCCAACGAUCCCAAUAUCACCACGGUGGGACUCAUAGCCUACUCAAAGGAUGGGGUCCCUUUGCUGUUUGUGGGGCGAGGAUACACCAGCCGAGGGGUUGGAGGAGGCAUUCCUCCCAUCACUACCCGAAAUCUGAGGGCCCACGGAGGGGACCUUCAAGCUACAGACUCUCACUCCAUUUUUUCCUACGAGGAAACAGCGAAGCUGGCCGUGGGCCGUCUCUCGGAGUACAACCACCAUUUCAUCAAGUCCUUCACCUACCGCUCCAGCGUCUAUUUCCUCUUCUACCGACGCGACCUCAAGUCUCAGUCGCGCGAGUACAAGACCUACAUCUCGCGCAUCUGCCUGGACGACUCUCAUUAUUACUCCUACGUGGAGUUACCUCUGCUCUGCCAGAGCAAAGCCAAUACCUACAGCCUCCUGCAAGCAGCCUACAUCACCCGCCCGGGAAAAGGCAUGGCCCAGGGGCAGCUGGACGACGAGGGGGAAGUGCUGUUUGCAGCCUUCUCCGCCUGGCAGGCUUCUUCUGGCAAACGGAGCGAGGAGUCCGCGCUCUGUGUCUACGCAAUGGAGGAGGUGGAUCGCCUGACCAACUGGACUAGGGAUGUUUGCUACAUGAGAGAUGGGAAGUCAGAAGAAGGGACAGAAGUGGCGUAUAUUGAAUACGACGUCAGUUCCAACUGUGUCCAGCUGCCAGCGGACACCCUAUAUGCAUACCCCUGUGGUUCUGACCACACUCCCAGCCCCAUGGCCAGCCGGGUGCCCUUGGAAGCAGCCCCACUCCUGGAGAAAAAAGAGGCUCGUCUGACAGCCGUGGCAGUGAACGUGGAAGAUGGCCACACCAUUGCUUUUCUGGGAGACAGCAGAGGGAGGCUGCACAAGGUGUACUUAGGAGCAAUGGGAGAUGCACAUAUAUAUGCUUCUUUACCUAUCCAGUUAAACAGUGCAGUGAGUGGAGACUUGCUGUUCGACCAGUCACAGGAGCACCUCUUUGUCAUGACCCAGUCAAUGGUGGUAAAGGUUCCCAUAAUGGAAUGUUCCCUGUACGUGGACUGUGAAUCCUGUCUGGCAGUGAAAGAUCCUUACUGUGGUUGGUGUGUCCUUCAGGGACGGUGCAGCCGCCGCUCUGAGUGCUUGCGGUCCAGACUGAGUGAGCAGUGGCUCUGGAGCUUUAACUCUACACAGCAGUGUCUGUCUGUCCAGUCACUAACUCCGGCCAACAUCAGCAGAGAAGAAAAGAGAAAUAUAUUCCUGGCUAUCUCAGACUUACCUUCUCUGCGUGAGGAAGAAUUUUACUCAUGUUACUUUGAAGAUUAUGAGAGCCCAGCAGUUCUGACAGAGUCAGGGAUCAUGUGUCCUUCUCCAGAUCCAAGCCAAGCACCAGCUUUGCCAACAGGAGCAGAUCAUGUCACCAUAAAGCUCGUAGUGCGUUUCCAUGACAUCUUCAUUGCUUCUGUGGACUUCUCUUUCUAUGACUGUGCUGCAGUGGCCCUGCUAUGGAAAUCGGCACCGUGUCAGAAGUGUGUGAGCAGUCUCUGGGGAUGUAACUGGUGCAUCCAGCAGCACCUCUGCACUCACAAGGCAGCCUGUGAGGAAGGAACCAUUAUCUACAACGAAAGGGCCCAGAUCCCAACCUCAAGUGUAUUUCCUUCUUCAGCAGCUCCCCUCACCAAGUCCUCUACCACAGCCCCAACCAUGGCCACAAAACCCAUCACUUCUGCUGUGCAUGUGGGACCAAGCACUGUGCCUCCCACAGAGCCCAACCACAUCACACCCUCCACAGCUUCGGAUGCGAUGACUGAGCCUGCAGAAACCCUCAGUUAUACCUACUUGACUCUCUCCACUGAAGCUGCCUCUCUCCAGGCUGUCACAGAAUCCCCAUUGCCACCACCAGCAGACAAGCCUGCUGUCACUGUGCCAGAGACAACUUCUACUACAUCUGUUCUCACCAGCCCAACCAAAACCGUGGGGCACGCAGUCUUGCCCACUGAAGGAGCAGCCACCACGCAGGAGCCGCAGCACACCGAUCCACCCACCACACUAGCUGGGAGCCCUCUGCUUACCUCUGCAGCUGCAGUAACACCUUCCCCUCAUGUCACUAGUUUCAAGUGGCCUCCAAGUUCUUUUCCGACCACAGAGGCACCGACAUCAGCCAUCUCAUCUCCCCAAACCCCCAGCCAGGUGCCAGAGGGCCCUGCCAUCUCUGAUGCUUCUCCCAGAUUGCUGGGAACUGAACUACCUGUUUCAGAGCUCCCAUCAUCAGCUCCUCCAGGCUGGCUGCUGGAGGAAGGCACAGAGCUCCAGGACACAGAGGACUGGAUGGAUGUGCUGCAGGCUGAGAAUGACACCUCUCCCUUCUCUGCUUCUACCCUUCUCUCGGGUGAUGGCGAUUCUUCUGAGAGGGAUGUCCCUGACUUGCCCAGGAUCCUCCACCCUGACCUUGACUAUCAGUAUGAUGCACCUGAAUUUUGGGAGGAGAAUGAAAUGCUUAGCUGGGGUCCGGAUGCAUGUCCCUGUGUGCAGGGAAUCCAGGGAUCUUCGCUGUUUCCAGUCAACGUGGCAAGGAAGAUAACCCUGCUGGGAAAGAACUUCCACCUCUAUCAGGACCAUCAGUGGGACUAUGAGUGUGUCCUGAAUUUGGAGGGGAGGACGGUGGUGAUGGAUGCUUAUGUAGAAGGAGAAGAAACAAACCAGUCCCUCUGUUACAUCACCUGCCAGAUGAGCCAGUACAGCUACACAGCACCUCAACUCGAAUUUAACGCUGUGGUGUUCGUGCAGCGGCGACGACACCUUCGAGUGGACAGUGCUGCAGAUCUUCACGUGACUUUUUACAACUGCUCAGUGGGACACACUGAUUGUAGCCGCUGCCAAACAGCUGACUCCAAGUACAACUGUGUUUGGUGUGGAGGAGACAACCCCAGCUGUAUCUUCAGGGGAUCCUGCAAGGAAGAGAUAGAAGACCUGUGUCCAGCACCUCUCAUUCACUCUGUGUACCCCCUGUCUGGACCAGUGGAAGGUGGCACUAGAAUCACCAUCACUGGCUCAAACCUCGGGCAGAAACAUCAAGACAUUGCAGAAACUGUCACUGUUGCAGGAAUCCCCUGUGCCGUAGAUGCUCAAGAGUAUGAGAUCUCUAGCAGUAUCGUGUGCGUCACCGGCGGGAGCUGGACAGAGAGAUUUGGGCACAUUGUGGUGGAAGUCCCUGGAGGAGGACGUGGAGUCUCUGGACAUAUUUUCACCUAUCAGAACCCAGAGUUGAAAUCCAUUGUUCCAACUCAGGGCCCCAAAGCAGGAGGAACCUGCCUCACCCUUCUGGGCUCAAAGCUGCUGACUGGGCAUCCUAGCGAGAUCAGCGUCCUGCUUGGAGACCUCCCUUGCCACAUCCUCUCUGAGAUGACUGAGGAUCAGCUGGCAUGCCAGACAAGUCCCAGCAAUGUGUCUGCAGAACUCCCAGUCACUAUCAAAUAUGGGGACCAAGAGCGGAGACUGGAAGGAUCCCUCUUCAGAUAUACUCUGGAUCCCAACAUCACUUUUGCAGAGCCACCUAAAAGCUUCCUCAGUGGAGGAAGAGUGCUCAGAGUUCAUGGCUACAAUCUGGAUGUGGUACAGAAGCCGAAGAUCCGAGUCACAGUUUCUCCGUCUGAACGCCGGCGCCGAGGGCUGGGACGGUGGCGCAGAAUCAUCCCAGACUCUGAGUGCCCUGAGGAUGCCCUGUGCAGCAUCCAGCAGUUUGAAGAACCCUGUCUUGUUAACUCUUCCUACCUGAUCCUGUGCAAAACUCCAGCCAUUAACCUGCUGCUGCGGAGUGUCCGUAUCAAACUGGAAUUUAUCCUGGAUAAUCUGAGCUUUGAUUUCAACUCAUUGCAUCCCAUGCCCUUCUCUUAUGAAGUCAACCCUAUCCUAAAACCACUGAAUGCUGAAGACCCUGCCAAACCCUAUCGACACAAGCCAGGAAGUGUCAUCUCUGUGGAGGGGGAAAAUUUAGACCUGGCUAUUUCCAAGGAUGAAGUUAUGGCUAUGAUUGGGGAAGGAAUCUGUGUGGUGAAGACACUAACAAGGAAUCAUCUCUACUGUGAGCCUCCCUCCGAGCAGCCUGCUCCGCGGCACCGCACCAAGCGGGAGGGUACAGACUUGCUCCCAGAGUUCACGGUACAGAUGGGAAACCUGAACUUCCUCUUGGGCCGAGUACAGUAUGACACAGAGAGCCAGCUCACCUUCCCCCUGGAAGCACAGAUUGGUUUGGGUGUUGGUGCAUCCUUUGUGGCACUGAUUGUUCUGGUCAUCGUCUUCAUAUACAGGAGGAAGAGCAAACAGGCUCUGAGAGAUUACAAGAAAGUUCAAAUCCAGCUGGAAAAUCUGGAAACAAGUGUUCGGGACAGAUGCAAGAAGGAAUUCACAGACCUGAUGACUGAGAUGAUGGACCUCACCAGUGACCUUGUGGGUACAGGAAUCCCCUUCUUGGACUACAAGUCCUAUGCAGAGCGCAUUUUCUUCCCGGGCCACCGCGAGUCACCUCUGCAAAGGGACCUGGACAUCCCUGAGUGUCGGCGGCAAACCGUGGAGCAGGGCUUGGUCCAGCUCUCCAACCUGCUCAACAGCAAACUCUUCCUCACCAAGUUCAUCCACACUCUGGAAAUCCAGCGCACUUUCUCUCCCAGAGACCGGGCCUAUGUGGCAUCACUGCUGACUGUGUCGCUGCAUGGCAAGCUGGAGUACUUCACUGACAUCCUCAAAACACUCCUGAACGACCUUGUGGAGCAGUAUGUGGCCAAGAACCCCAAACUAAUGCUGCGAAGGACAGAAACUGUGGUAGAGAAGCUGCUAACCAACUGGAUGUCCAUCUGCUUGUAUGCAUUCGUGAGGGACUCUGUCGGGGAGCCUCUCUACAUGCUGUUCCGAGGAAUCAAGCACCAGGUGGACAAAGGGCCAGUCGACUGGGUGACAGGGAAAGCCAAAUAUACCCUGAAUGACAACCGCCUCUUGAGAGAGGACCUGGAGUAUCGGACUCUGACUUUGACUGCUCUGACACAAGCAGGGGUUGCUGCAGGAGGGGCAGAGGACUCCCAGGGGAUUUCUGCAAAGGUUCUAGACUGUGACACCAUAACACAGGUGAAGGAGAAAAUCCUAGAUCAGAUCUAUAAAGGGACACCAUACUGCCACCGACCAGACCCAGACACCCUGGACCUUGAGUGGAGAUCAGGGCUGGCAGGUCACCUGAUACUGUCUGAUGAGGAUGUGACAUCUGUGGUUCAAGGAACCUGGAAACGCCUCAACACUCUUCAGCAUUACAAGGUACCUGAUGGAGCAACAGUAGCACUGGUCCCACGUCUGACCAAGCACAUCCAUAGGGAGAAUCAGGAUUACAUACCAGGAGAGAAAACACCAAUGCUGGAGGAUGCAGAUGAAGGUGGGAUCAAGCUUUGGCACCUUGUAAAACCUACAGAAGAGCCAGAGCUCCCCAAGCAUCGGCGGGGGAGCUUACGAGACCGGGAGCGAGCCAAGGCAAUCCCGGAGAUCUAUCUCACACGUCUGCUCUCCAUGAAGGGCACUCUGCAGAAAUUUGUGGAUGACUUGUUCCAGGUGAUCCUCAGUACCAACCGCCCUGUCCCUCUGGCAGUCAAAUACUUCUUUGACCUCCUGGAUGAGCAGGCGAUGCACUAUGGGAUUGCAGACCCUGAGACCAUCCAUAUCUGGAAGACAAACAGCCUGCCCCUGCGGUUCUGGAUUAACAUCAUCAAGAAUCCCCAGUUUGUUUUUGACGUGCAGACAUCAGAUAAUGUAGAUGCUGUGCUCCUCGUCAUUGCACAGACCUUCAUGGACUCCUGUACCAUAGCUGACCACAAGUUAGGGAGGGACUCUCCGAUCAAUAAGCUGCUCUAUGCCCGGGACAUUCCUCGCUACAAGCAGAUGGUGGAAAGGUAUUACGCGGACAUUCGUCAGACCAUCUCUGCCAGUGACCAGGAGAUGAACUCUGCCCUGGCUGAGCUAUCCCGGAAUUACUCAGGUGACCUCAAUUCCCUGGUGGCUUUACAUGAACUGUACAAAUACAUCAAUAAGUACUAUGACCAGAUCAUCACCGCCUUGGAAGAAGACCCAACGGCCCAGAAGAUGCAGCUCGGCUAUAGGCUACAACAGAUCGCAGCAGCUGUGGAGAAUAAAGUCACAGACUUGUGACAGGUGCAGACAGACUGCUCUGCCCUGGCUGAACAGGGACAGUGCUCAUCCUAGCUAUACACAGGGUGUCCUGCUGCCAUGGGAGCCAGCCUGGCCAAGGGCCCCGCGGGUGAUGUGAACAGGGAUGGCCAAAGCAGCACCAAGUACAAGCGUCCUUGCAUCUCAGAGAAUAUUUUUUUACAGGUUGCUUUUUUUUUUUUUCCCUCUUUUUAAAAGCAAAACAAGACAGAAAACCACAAACAUUGGUUUUACUCCAGCAGACUGUCCGGGAGGGGACCACACAGCUUCUGCCUACAGAUGUUACGUGAAUGUGCCAAGUUUCCAGGUGACGCUGUCCGAGAGCCAGGUGACAACACUGAGCACUGUAUCUGCGAGUCCCUGGCCUUGCAUGGGUGCCCUUGCCAGUGCUGGGAGACUUCUCCCGUUGCAGCCACUCACUUCAGAGGGGAUGCAGGAAGCUUUCUCUACACUGGCAGCUGUGCUAACCUGUGUCCCCAGCUAUCAAGCACUCCUGCAAUAUCCCACCUGAGAAACCUCCUUGCAGCAAUCUUCCCACUGGUUCCAGACGUUGGAUGUUUAAAGGAGAGCAUCUGAUGGUAAAGGUCCUACUUGCUCCCCAGUAUUCUGGUCCCUGACAGCAUGUGCUCACCAGCAUGAGUGCUUGCCCAGGGCCUCACUGGUAAUGGACAGCACCCCCCCACCCUUUCACUCAGGACAAAUUCAGCGUGCAGGAGUUGCUGCCUGGCUCGAGACCCAUCUUCCUGGUCCCUCGUGGGCUGAAGUCGCCCUGUUCUUUGGAAAAGCACAACAAAUGCCUUGUGCCACUUCCUCUAGUGUCUCGCUGUUCUGCUGCUCUGAACUGGACUUGUAAAUACCCUCAGAAAGUUAAUGUAUUUAAAUGCUAAAGGAGAAUGUUUAAUUUCUUGGCUUUGAGGCAAAGCUUUUCUUGGAGAAGUAUCUCUGUGCACUUCUACUGACAAACGUCUGUCAGCACUGGAGCAAAGUUUUCUCCACUGCUUUGUCUGCAGGGAUGAGUCGUGGAUGUCCCUGUCAUCAUAGCAGCAGCUUGCUUCUCCCCGCAGCUCAGGGCAAGGCUUAGCUCUGGGCUCUCCUCUUAGGCUUGCCUUAUACCUUACUCACAGUUUCGCUUCCCAGACUCUCCUGUCGUGGCACAUAGAAGGGUUAUUUGGUGAGCUGUGAAAUCGAGGAGGCCUCGAAGCACAACUGUGGUGUUCCUAAGGAGCGUCAGGUGUCCUGCAAAUGGGAGUGAUUCAUGUGAUGAAGGAGAAGCUGGAGCAGGCACAAGCACAGUUAGGUGCCAGCUGUCACUGGGCAGCUUCUUGCUGCUUCCUCCCUCCCCUUCUGGCCUUUGUGAACAGUGCUCUGCCCUGCUGCGACUGAGUUCCUAUUUGUAAAGGUCUCUUGCUUGCUCUCAUCCCCUGCUGCUAAUUCUACACUGCUGUCCUGCGUGCCUGGGACAGGUAGAUAGAUCUGACUCCUCUGUCACUUCCAUGAGGUGGUGACUGUCCCUGAGGAGGGACUAGAGCUGAAACAGGGCAGGAUCAUGUCCCCUACCUCUCUACUCUGCAUGUAGCAGCAGUUCCAGGCUUAUUGGGGCAGCCCUGUGGCUUUGUGCCAGUGCUGCACAGUUGCAAAACUGUUCUCUGAGCAAUAUCACAGCAAAUUAGUGCUGGCAUCUCUUCUCACAGCCAGCUCUCCCCUGUGACUCUCUCUCAGCAGUAUUACCAGGUACUCUGUGUGUCCCUGUGCCACUUCCUGCUCCCAUCCUGCUGUAUGGAGCAGCAGGCAAGCCGACUGGCUGCUGCUAGUCAGAAACAGAGUGGGAGAGUUUGUAUCUCUUUCCCUGGAUGGGCACCAGUUUGGGUCUUGCUUCUGCCUGACCACUCAUUUCCACAAAACUUAUGAGAACUUAGCUUCUCCAAAACCUCUGUCUCAACCAGAUCUGACUAAAUCAGCCUAAAAAAAGCUGGAUGGAAGAAAGCACUGGCAGACAGCAAAAAGCAGAUCCAAUGCAUAUUAGUAAAGCCCAUUCCCUUAGAAACUGCAGGAGGCAAUUCCUUGGUGUGAGGCAGGUGCAGGUAUAGUGGCAGAGUAGCAUUGUUGAUGGAUGGACGUUCUGCUCUAGGCAGCAAGGUGUAGUUUAUGUCCUCUCCAGCUCGCUGAGCAUCUACCAGGAGUCAGAGACACUCUGCUGGCUUGAUGGUUCUGCAGACUUCUUCAUGUCUGCCCCUCUCUUUGUGGAAUUCUCUCUGUGCUUUCCCAGAGCAGGGUGGAUUGGGGCUUAAUUCUGAACCCACCUCACAUCAGCUAAGGUAAGAGGACUUGGUGGCUCUCCUGGAAUAGUGACAGGAGCCCAGGUGUUCUUGCCCACGCAGCUGACUUCAGCUGCAGGGUAAGUGGCCUUCACAUCCUCCUUGCUUCUCAGUAGUGCUCCUGGGUGUUGGAAAUUAUCUGCUUUGUCUGAGCAUAUCUGUGAAAGUCUGCUUUUGUUAGAGCAAUAAUCAAGACUAAAUGUAAGCUAAGUGUAAGUCGUUGACUUAUUGAACGCCUUGAGCUUGUCCUUGCGCAGCCAGACAGGAGGCACUGUCCAGCACAGGCACAAUGACGGUGGAAAGCUGGCAGUGCCCAUCUCCUUCCAUCUAUCUCUCUCAGUGUUCUAGAUACCAGCACCUUCCUCCCCUGCAGACACACACCGAAGGCCCCUCACUGGCAUCAGCUCUGGGUGUUCAAAUGUGGCCUCUCUUCUCUCCGUCCAUGCCCCCCUCCUGUGGCAGAAUCAAUGACAGGGUCCACUUGCAUUUAAAUUUGCACAAAACACAUUUUGCUAGGAAAUUCCCUCUUGCAGGGGAGACUUAUUUAUUUCUUUCUCAUGAUCCUCCUAAGUUUCUUCCAAUCUCUGCCUGAUUCCAUAACCAGCUUGUCAGACACUCUGGAGAUGGAUGGUCCUUCUCAGGGAUGAAGGAUCCCCUCUGAAUGUUCCUGUCUAGCAAGUUCUGUGGGCACCAGCUGAGAGUGUCCUGCCACAGCGACCUUUCCCCUUCUGCAAGAGACAAGGACAGUGAGGGGACAGUGCUGCUUUGGUCCUAGUCUCAGAAAGGUGACAUUCUUCAGUGGCAGGCACUGAGAUUUACUCAGUGCUGGGGGCAGAGACAGCAACUUGCUUCCACCGUGGUCUGGUGAAGCGCUGAGGACUAAUCAGUAUUAGGAUAAAUACCCAUCAGAGUGUUUGAAUGUUGGCACAACUAAGAGUAGCUGGCACCCACGCCACGCCGAUGGGGGACCGCUUGCUUUUCUCUGUCUGGUGGCAAAUUUAGGCUGUACCUGGAAGGUUCUGGGGUCUGGUGUUGUUUAUUUUGGAGGUGGGGGAUGGGAGGUUGGGGAGUUUCUUUGUCUGUCUGUUUUGUUGGUCGUUUUUUUUGGAUGGGAGUUUUUGUUUGUGCUUUUUUUUUUCCCCCAGCAGUGAUGUUUGCUUGGGGUUUUUUAUUAGCACAAACAGAGGGGGUUCAGAUGCUGCUGCCUCGGUGGAAUGCCAUUUCUUUUUCAGGGUGUGCCCCAGCUGCAGCAAGAUGCUGCUUUUUUGGUGCCUUUUCCAUCACAAUGAUUCAUUUGGUUUCCAGAACACCCAGUGCAUUUGCUCUUCUAGUCCUUUUCUUCGGCUCCUCAGUCCUGGUGACUCUGCCCUCUCCCAGCCUUGUGACCUGGUGUUCUCUCUGUCUGUUACAGUAUGGCCUGACCUGCAUUUUUUGCCCUGUCACACCUCUGAAUUCUGCUCAGAGCACCUGAGGUACUGUGUUUCUCAAUUUGGAAUUAAUAAUUAAUAUAAAAAGCUUGGGGGGGAGGGGGGGGGAAUCUGAAUUUUGUUACAUAGUGUAAUAACUGUUUGUAGAUACUGUUCUGAGAUGUAGGAAUCUAUUGGUGAUAUAAGAGGUUUUGUCUGUAAAUAAUCAGUUUAGAGCCCAAAUGAUUUUAAUAAAGAGAAUUCUUACACAAUAAUUCAAUAAAUUUUAAUAUACAA